UAACGAGCUAUGUCUCUCACUCUGCCAAGGUUAAACCUAAAAAUGUCUGUUGCAUCUAAGCAGUUGUAGUAAGAUUAACUUUUUCAAUAGGUACAAUAAGACAGAUUUGACAGGGUUUUGCCGCAGAUUAAUAGUUUGUCAGUAGUUAGUAUAGGCCAACUGAAUAGAGCAUUCUCAUUGGCCUGUUAAAUUCAAGCUGAUUGUGUAUUGGUGGACUUGUCUUCUGCACACAGGUUUUUCAAAUCUGGGCAGUUGGAAUCAGUUGAUGACUUUAAAAUAAUCUUUUCUGACUGGAUAAUUAAAGCUCACAGCAUUUACCUGUCUGCAGUAGAUUUUCCCACAUUUUAACUAAUCUAAUCUCAUUUAAUGUCUCUGUUUUUAGUCUGUAUAGUUUAUCUCCCCACAAAUACACUCAAAGUAGUCUUAAAAUAAAACCCACAAAACAGUUCAAGGUUAAAUACUUUUUAUUUGCUCGUUUAAUGCCAGUUGCCCUCUUUCUCUGUAUGUCACUUAUUCGCUUAUUCUCAGGCAAAAAGUACCAAUUUGUAUGGUGAUGAGUCUUGUGUAUUUUUUUUCUCUGUCUCUCUAUGACAGAGAAAUGUAUAUGCUCAAUCUUGCUGUUCAAACUGAUGCUCAAAUUUCCAAGCACCACCUGAACGCCUCAUCGGUCUUUAACCAAUCACUGCACCAACUGUCGUCAUUCCGCUUGCUCUCUGCUGUGGAACUUGACUCACAUCUGUGCUUUGCCUGUGUGCAGAAGAAGAACAAGGACCAGAUCUCCAGUCUUCUCUCUCACAUCCCAACCCCCCAACCCCUCUAUCCUCUGUCCUGCUCCACCUGUUGUCUCUGCCUUCUUUCCAUCUGUAUUUCACCCUGUGGUUUGUGAGAAAUUUUGCCAAACCAAGAAUCUUAUUGCGGUUUGAUUUCAAAGCCGCGUCUCUAAUUUUAGAGUUCGAAGGAACUCUAAUUCACGGUUUAAUUGGGAUUUCCCAGCCGUGUCUUUCCUGCUCUGUCUGUUCUCUCUGCUAAAUUUUCUCUCUACCUGUUUUUCACUCCUGGCUUGCUGCUGAAUAAUGGCAAGCCAAUAAAGCAAUAAAGAGUGCAUAUUUUGCCUCAACCUGAGAACAAACUGAACAAACAAAGAAAACUAUAAUUCACGGUUUGAUUGUGAUUUCCAAGCCGUGUCUCUCCUGCUCUGCCUGUUCUCUCUUCUAAAUUUUCUCUCUACCUGUUUUUCACUCUUGGCUUGCUGCUGAAAAAUGCCAAGCCAUUAAAGCAAUAAAGAGUGCAUAUAUUGCCUCUACCUGAGAACAAACUGAACAAACAAAGAAAACUCUAAUUCACGGUUUGAUUGUGAUUUCCCAGCCGUGUCUCUUCUGCUCUGCCUGUUCUCUCUUCUAGAUUUUCUCUCUACCUGUUUUUCACUUUGCGCUUGCUGCUAAGUUGUGCCAAGCCAAUAAAGAGAGCGCAUAAUAUUCUCUCGACUGAAGAACAAACUGUCAAACAAACACAACUGUUUCUGAGAAAUAAAAACUGAAAUAUAAAGACAAAGACAACAUCCCUGCUGUGUACCACUCUUAUUUUAUAAACAUAUUUUCUAAAGACUAACAGAAACACUUAAAGGUGUGUAAAAAUGCCAAAAAAGCAGAAAAAGUCACAAGCUGCAAAACAACGCUGGAAGAAGUUCCAUGAGUUUCACAGUGUACCAACAUGUGAACAAGCUGAGUGUGAUUUUCCUCAGUGCUCUACAGAAGACAGUGUGUCUGCAAAGACCAAUGCUGACAGUGUUAAACAGGCAGGUCAACAUGUUCCUGCAAGUGUACAACAGGUAUCCUAUGCUGAUGCUGUAAAGAGUGGACUGCAGCAUGAAUUUAAUGAACAACAUGAGGUGUCAAGUGCCCCACAGGUGGGUUAUGCUGAUUUUGUGAAAAGAGGCCGUCACAGUGAUGUGGCAGGACCAUCUCAUGCAGAAAGAGUGAAGCUUGAAAACCAGCCCUCUGUUACACAUGUCUGUGCAUCUCACAGCCAGGCUCAUCCUAAAUAUGGAGACUCCAGAAACAAGCAGUGCACAUGUAACUCACUCACAUUUCUUGCAUUCCUUCAUGAGAAUGAAAACAUGACUACAGCUGACCUUAAUCUGGUCUUGGAUAAAGGUGAUAUGAUGUACAAAGAGGCCAAGAAAAGAUUUCCUAAAAAUAUUCAUUUGGCAACCGAUGAGCUGCCAGACAAAGUUGAUGCUCGCAGGUCUAUGUAUCAUGUCGACAUGACACAGCCUUCCCGGUAUGGGACAUUUGAAGAACCUCCAGAGGAAGCAGUAGAUACCUUUCUCAGCUUAGAAGCAGGACUGAGCUGCCUGUUGUCAGAUGUGCAGUAUGCCUUACUGAUUAUGAGUGGAUUGUGUAUCGCAGUGUUCAGAUCCACAUCAGGCAAAUAUGGUUUCUUUGAUCCACACUCCAGAACACCCAGUGGUCUUCCUCUACCACUACUGUCACGUAAUCGUGGUACAGCUGUGAUGCUGAAAUUCACACUCCUCAGUGACAUGAUUAAGAGGCUACAAGAUUCUUAUCAAAUGAUGGAGAUAUCACCCUCUUGUAACUAUGAGCUGAAGCCUGUGCAGUUCUACAGUAUGAGCACAGUCACCUGAGUGAUACUAUCACAGACACAGUCUGCAGACCAACAGCUGCCACUGCUGUGGCACCUACUCACUCUGAUAAAACUGUUGAUGAAGCAAACUCCUCUACUCCAAGGAGAAACACAACCACUGAUCUGACUGAGAACAUCUUUUGUCAGAUGUCCAUUUGUAUGCCACCGGUGAAACAAAAAGAAGACCACAUGACUCAGUUCACAUCAUAUGAAGAUCAGAAUCAACCUAAUAUACCAACUGAAGAACUAUGCAGUGAAUUAAAUUUCUUUCCAUCGAAUGAUGCUUUUUCAUGUCAAUCAAAUGCUGCAAUAAAAAAUGUUGCUGCCUGUGAUCUUUCUGAUAUAGUUUUACAAAAACUGAAAAAAGUUAAUAAACAACAAAGGCACAAAAUGAAAAGAAGAUUAAUGGCAUCAGAGAAACCCAGAAAUCAGAGAAAAGAAAACCAAAAAAGGAAAGAACGACAAAAGUAUGCUUCAAAUAAAGAUUACAAAGAAAAGAAAAAAUCUUGCACAAGCGAGGCAUACAAAAACAAUCCUGAAGUUAGACAGAAAAAACAAUAUAUGAAAAGACGUUAUUGUGAGAAUGAUGAAUUCAGACAGAAACAACAGCGAUAUAUUAGAAGACGUUACUGUGAAAAUGAUGAAUUCAGAAAGAAACAAAAACAAUAUGUUAAAACACGUUUUUCUGAGAAUGCUACAGUUAGAAAGAAACAACAACAAUAUAUUAAAAGACGCUAUUGUGACGAUGCUGAAUUUAGAAAAAAACAAAAAAACUACAUCACUAAAAGGUAUCAAGAAAGCCCAGAAUUCAGAGAGAGACAGAGAUCUCGAGUUACUCGGCGGUAUGCAAAUGACAACACCUUCAGAGUAAGACACAGACAACUAAUGAAACAACUAAUGCGAGACAGGUGUCAAAGUAAUCUUGCAUUCAGGAUUAUGCACAACAUGAGAUGUGCAAUGAAAAUAAAAAGGAAAUACAGAUGGGUGAACAGACAAACCCAAGAGAGUGACAACAGUGUGAUCAACGAGGCCAUAUCUGUGUUCAAAUCACAAAUCAAAGUUGGACCAUCAUACCCAUGUACUGUAUGUUUCAAGGCUUCAUUUCCAAACCAAGUGCGACCCUGCACAAGGUCAAAUUAUGUCAAAAACCCACAAGUGGUUGCAACAUGUUUGACAGGAAAGUAUGUUCAUGUUUGUGAUGAAAACUGCAGAAAUGAGCAGUGCAAAGUGCCUGAUGAGAGAAAGAGAGAGUGGAUUUGUCACACCUGCCACACUCAUCUUAAAAAUGGAUCCAUGCCAGCACUUGCUGUUGCCAAUAAACUGGAGCUUGCUGAUAUUCCACCUGAACUGUCUGAUCUCAACAUACUGGAGAGACAUCUCAUAGCCAAGUGCAUACCAUUUGCCAAGAUCAUUCCUCUUCCCAAAGGCAGACAGAGAGCAAUUAGAGGAAAUGUGGUCUGUGUCCCAUCAGAGGUACAGGAAACUGUUGAAGCACUACCUCGAUUGAGAAUUAAUUCUCAGGUGAUGAGAGUAAAAUUGAAGAGACGCUUGUCUUACAAAGGUCAUCAGCUGUUUCAGACUGUAAGCUGGUCUAAACUUGUGCAAGCACUGCAUAAACUCAAGCAGAUUCAUCCACAGUAUAAGGAUGUGAGCAUCAGAGAUGAUGCUGAGCUGUGUGAUCCAACACUUCCUGAUGAAGAUGAUGAGGAUGAUGAUGAUGAAAACAUGAAUGAGGACGAUUAUGAUGAGGCUGAUUUAAUGGAAAUUGACAGCUGUGAGAAAAAUGCACUAUGUGAAGCACAAAAUAAAAAUGAACAGAAUAUUGACAUGUUACCUUGUGAUGGUGAACAACCACAUGAGCAGAUGAGAGAUGAUUCAGACCAAGCAGAUGGACUGACUAAUGGUGGUUUUGCACUGGAGUCCUGUUUGCAGCCCCCUGAUGUGGCUGAGGAGAUAUUAUGUUUCAGUGAAGGAAUCUACUCUGUUGCUCCUGCAGAGAGAAACAAUCCAAUAAGUUUUUUCAGAACACCUAAACUGGAGGCCAUGGCCUUCCCUGUGCAGUUUCCUACAGGUCAAAACACACUGGAUGAAAGAAGGCUGAUCAAAGUAUCCCCCAGUGGGUAUUUCAAAUCAAGACUUUUCUGCACUGAUGAUCGUUUUGCCAAAGACACAAACUAUUUGUUCUUUGCACAGUUUGUGACUGAAAUACAUUUGGCUACUUCCAGCAUGACAAUACAGUUAAGAAAGGCAAAGCCUUUGACCAGAGAUGGGAGAAAAAUAACCUCGGGCAUGUUACAAGAUAAACAUGAGGUGGAGAAGCUGGUGCGAAAUAAAGAUGCAGUGAGAUUCAUGCAGCCUCUGAGAGGAACCCCAGCCUAUUGGGAGAAAACAACAAGAGAUCUUUUUGCCAUGAUCAGACAGUUGGGAACUCCCACGUUCUUUUGCACAUUUUCAGCUGCUGAAAUGCGCUGGCCUGAAGUGAUUGAGGCAAUAACAAGGCAGCAAGGUGAACAAGUGAAUUUUGAAGGGCUUGACUGGUCAGCAAAGUGUGACAUCCUGAGAAGCAAUCCUGUCACAACAAUGCGCAUGUUUGACAAGAGAGUUGAAGCAUUAUUCAGAGAUUUACUCUUAUCUCCUGCAGAGCCACUUGGCAAAGUUAUUGACUACUUUUACAGAGUCGAGUUUCAGCACAGAGGAAGCCCACACAUACACUGCCUCCUGUGGGUAGAAGGUGCUCCUGUGUUUGAGGAGGAUGAUGAUCAAACUGUUGUUGAUUUUAUAAACAAAUACAUCACAGCUCAGCUGCCUGAUCCACAUAAACAACCUGAACUGUACAAGAAAGUAACAGAAGUGCAAAAACACAGUAAGAACCACACAAAGACGUGCUUUAGGAGUUUAAGCUCCGGGUGCCGUUUUGGUUUUCCCAAACCACCCUGCAAUGAGACAAUGAUCACAAGACCCAGUGAGGAUGAUGAACUGGAGGUAGAAACAGCAAAGAACAAGCUCAGACCACUGAACCAGCUACUGAAUGAACCUGAAACUGCUUCCAUGAGUUUAGAGCAGCUCUUGGCAAGAUGCAAGCUGACGCAAGCAGAAUAUGAGAGAUACCUGAAUAAAAUGACCACAAGGAGUACGAUCAUACUAAAGCGUGAUCCAAAAGACUCUUGGAUAAACGGCUAUAAUCCACAUCUGCUUGAAGCCUGGAACAGUAAUAUCGACAUAAGCUUUGUUCUAGAUGCUUUCGGCGCAGCAAAUUAUUUAAUGAAAUAUAUAUCAAAAAAAGAGGGCGGGCUGUCUGAGUACCUGAAAACUGUCAUUGAGAACUCCCAUAAGGACAGUGUAAAUGAGUGCGAUGAAAUGAGAGCCGUCAUGCAGGCAUAUUCAAAGAAGCGAGAGAUCAGUGCACAGGAGUGUGUUGCUCGUGCAUGUGGUCUUCACAUGAAGCAAUGUUCACGUGCUGUAAUAUUCAUACCAA